AGCUUCUGGGGCUCAAUCUCUUGUGGAUAGUGGCACACGCUUUGCACAUGGCGGCGGAGAUGGCGGGACCCCCGGCGCCGCCGCGGAGACGCCCUGCGGCCCCGGCGCUGCGCGCCCUCCUGCGGCUCGCGCCGGCGCUGCUCGGCGCCGCGGCGCUGCUCGCCCGGCCCGCGGGACCCCGCGGGCUCGGGCCUUUGGUGCCGAGCGGGGGACCGGAUUCGCGGCGGCCGCGGCGCCCGCGGCGGCGGAGGAUUGGCAGAAGCGGUGCUGGCGGCUUCGAUCGUGGAGUGCAUCGAUGUGGUAAUUCCACUGCUCCCUGGAGUGUUGGCGGCCCUGAUAGGGUACGCGCUGUGGACGGUCUUCGGAGCGCGGCCGUCGCCGCCGCGGAAGCCCCUCGCCGCCGCCGCGGGCCUGUGCCUCCUGGCGCUCCUCGCCGCGGCCCGCCUGCAGCUCGGCGGCGGCCUCGGCCUGCGCACGCGCGGCGCGGCCCCUGCGACCGGGCCGAGGACGAUCCUGAACCGGGCCCCCGCGGGCGGCGGUGCCGCUGCGGGCGCCGGGCCGCCGGCUGCGGCGCCGGCCGGGCCCGCGCUGUCCGGCGAGCUGGUGUGUGCGGCAGGAGAGGUGUCUGCUCGCUCCAGCAAGACCCGCGGCAGCCAACAGGUGCCCCGCCGGCUGCGGACUGGACGCGGGGCCUCUCCGAGGCGAUGACGGGUGCGAUGCGGUCUGGGCGCGAACAGGUGGUCAUAGUGUUCUCCCAGCAGAACUGCCGUUGGUGCGAGAAGCUGCGGCCGGUGUUGGAGAGGGCCAUUGUGCAGCGCUCGAAGGUCGCCUCAGGCGCGGACGCCGCCGGGUCGCUCCUCGGCUCGCCGCUGCGGGUGUUCGUUCUCGACGGCGAGCAGUUCGGAGCCAUCGGCGAGCAGUUCGGACCGAGUGAAGUCGUUUCCGGCCAUCAUGUUCUUUGGCCCUCCUGAACAGGAGCCUGUCACGCAUGAGGGCUACCUGGACGACACCAAGUUCGAGGAGUACUUGCAGGUCGUGGCCGGGCCCGACGGGCCAGGGCUACCGUUCCACUAGCGGCGGCCGCUUCGCGGGCGGCACCUUCCCCCGCCACCAAGUUCCCCCAACGGGGGACGAGAGGGGGACGAAGGAAGGUCACUCACCCGCAGUUCCCAUGCGCACGCUUGACGGUGGCAAGCGGUACUGCACGCGCGUGCCUGUCUUUCAGCAUCUGAGCGAGGUUGUUGGCAGCUCCGUCCUCACAGGCUGACGGUAGGAUUAAUGGCCCCGAGGGCCCGCGCGGGGUGCCGCCAGCAGGCCACGAGUGGAAGUUCCUGGUGCUCUCACCAGGCCUCUCGGUUACCGCGUAGAUCUCCCGAGCGCUAUCCUCUCCUUCCCUACGUAGCCUAGGUCUGUGAUCUGUGUACAGACGGCCGCUCAAGACUCGACCGGGGCGUCAUGUUUCCUGGGUCAGGGCUUCGUGGUCCCCGCGUCGAAAAGCCCAGCAUUUGCGCCUUUAGCUGCAGGCUAAUUAGGUGGCGAAUCCUGGAAGGUUGAAUUCAGCAUCGGCUCUGCUGCAUCAUUCGUUGGAGUCUGGUUCAGUCCUUGUCUCAAUCCGGCGCAACAGCCCCUUACCUUUAAUCCGGCGCAAUGGACCUCAAUCGAUCCCACGACCUCCGAACAGUUGCCUCCCGACACAGGGCAGGACGAUGCGGUCAGCUCUGCGAGGCGGAAGGCGUGCGCCAG